AUGGAAAUAGUGGAUUCUGUUGACUUAUUGAUCGAAGAUAUGAAAACCGAAAACAAGUGGAACCAUGCAGGCUGUAAUCAACAAAUAUCUGAUUACAAUAGCAGCCACAGUAACGGUAGUGACUUAGUACCAAAUGGCAAUGGGAAUAGGCAAGAGCACCGGCAACAGAAUCGAGGCACAAACAAUAGCAAUGGUUAUAACGGCAAUGGUUAUAAUCGUCAAAAUCGAAAGAGACAUAAUGAUGGACGCAUGAGUAAUGGAUAUAAUGGUAACGCAAUCCGCAAUAGCGAAACAACCGAAACCAGUGGCGUGGUUGUAAUGAACCGACACCACAGUGGCAACAAAACUCAGCGCCACAAUGGAACGCCAACCCAGGUCCAUCACAGAAAAUGUCAGGAAGUUACAACCGACCACCGCAAAACCAGAGCCAUACACAAUAUCAAAAUACACCAUCGGGGAGGAAGCUUGUUGAUAAUCUACAACUGUCCAUUCAAGCAUUCCAAAUCAUCAGAAGUUGAACGACGUCCUCGUAUCUGCUCUGGAUUUAUUUCUUCAACAACUAAGUCUCUUAUAACACUUUUAGGGAAUACCUUGUGA